AGUAUAUCAAUAUAUCUGGCUGUAAAUUUAAAGCAAUCGAAACUUCUUUUCAGCUAUCUUUGAAAUGCCUAUGCACAGCAAACCAGAACUAGCCAUUAAUCCAUAUUAUUCUGCGGUUUAAAAUACAGGCUCCGCCCAUAGACUGGGUAUUUGCUGAGCAUGUAGAACUUCGUGGUUUAAAGGAGAGACUUUUUUCCAGAGGUGCAAGUUUUUAAUCAGGCGUUUAUAAUAGACAAAAUAGUGGAAACGCAAUCCUUCUGGAAAAUUUGGGCAUGGUCAUCUUCAGAACUGUCUGUUUUUUGCGCAGAAGAUUUCCUUUAACUUGCUCUCUUGUUAUUGCCGGACAGUGGGAAAUUGUUGUUUCAGUGAAAUUGGCCAAGUUUAUAUAAUAAUUAGAUAAACAUUUCUUGAUUUUCCGGACGAGGGCUCUGCUCUGACAUUCAGAUUACGGGUUGAUACGUCAGGAUAGACCGCACGUGCGAAGUUGUCCGUGCCAAUUGCAUCAGUGCAGCGGACUGUUCACAGAAAAUCCAAUCACAACGGAUAUCCGAAUUUCUUCGCUGCAUUGGUCAUCUGGGCUACUCACUUGGAAAAACAUAAAUACAAGCACGGUGCUAGCCAAAUCAUUAACAGUUGAAGAAAUUAAAGGAAAUACAGAAUCAAGAGUUGGAUGUUUUCGGGUAUUCUCGGAACUGUGGUGUUUCCGUGCCGAAUGUGAUAGCAUUACCGUAUGACAUCCGCGUUAAAGGAAGAAACCAUGCCGUCGAAAGACGACGACACCGCCAGUAAUUCAGUAGGAAGCCCAGAUGUUGACAGUCCAAAUUCAAAGAAGUCAAGACAAAAAAGAGGACACAGUGGGGUGAACCAAUUGGGAGGGGUCUUUGUUAAUGGUCGUCCCCUGCCCGACUCCACAAGACAAAGAAUAGUUGAGCUUGCCCACAGUGGUGCUCGGCCAUGUGACAUUUCUCGCAUCCUGCAAGUCUCCAAUGGCUGUGUUAGCAAAAUUCUUGGACGUUAUUACGAAACGGGUUCCAUCCGGCCCCGCGCCAUUGGCGGAAGUAAGCCUCGGGUCGCUACGCCGGAAGUGGUUGGAAAGAUUGCUCAAUACAAGAGAGAGUGUCCCUCUAUAUUUGCAUGGGAAAUACGUGAUAGGCUGCUAUCAGAAGGCUGCUGCAAUCAAGACAAUAUUCCAAGUAUUUCCUCUGUCAACCUGGUGCUUCGAAAUCUUGCGAAAGAAGACCAGGUCUCUUCCAUCAAUCGAGUGUUACGAAAUCUUGCCAGUGAAAACCAGAAAGUUAUGGGGCAGGGUGCAAUGUAUGACAAACUGGGGCUACUGAAUGGACAGAAUUGGCCUCGAACUAACCCAUGGUACGCCACCAAUAUGGGCGUGCCUGGUCUCCCUCCCUCAGCUUAUACCCACCAACCAACCCCCACUCUCGGAAUGGAGAAGAAAAAUAAUGAUGGCUCAGGUUCAGAAAGUAACCAAAGCGAGGGACAAAAUAACGAAACAGACGAACAGCUAAGACUGCGUCUAAAACGAAAACUCCAACGCAAUCGAACAUCCUUCACUGCAGCUCAGAUCGAGGCUCUGGAAAAAGAAUUUGAGCGCACACAUUAUCCCGAUGUUUUUGCGAGAGAGAGGCUGUCACAAAAAAUUGAUCUCCCCGAAGCCCGUAUUCAGGUAUGGUUUUCUAACAGAAGAGCCAAAUGGCGCCGAGAGGAAAAGUUACGGAACCAGAGGCGAGAAGUCGCCAAUGGCGCCACCAGACUACCAAUCAACGGAGGUUUUACAAACGGAAUGUAUCCGACCAUCCAUCAACAGAUAGGCACAAUGGCGGCCGACACUUACAGCUCAAUGCCGACCAUGCCUUCAUAUACCUUGUCUAGCAAUAACAUUCAAGCUAACCCAGCCUGUUUACAGUCCAGUAACGCAUCCUCAUACUCGUGUAUGAUACCAGAAUACGCACCACGAAGUUACGAUCCAUUAUCUCUCAGUAAUUACCCCCGUCCAUCUUGUAACCCGGCAGCAGGCAUGCAGAGUCACAUGACCCACAACAACCAUCCUUCAGCGGCCUCUACCGGCCUUAUAUCUCCUGGAGUGUCAGUCCCUAUCCAAGUCCCUGGUGGAGGACCACAAGACAUGGGUGGGCAUCACAUGGGAGCAAUGGCGUCACAAUACUGGCGGGGUCUACAAUGACGUCACGUCUAGAGCAGCAUAAAGAACGGUGUCUAAACACGUGGACAAUUCAACCUGGCAACUGAUGUUGAUAGAAUAUCUGCUAUAUAUGGCUUUAUUAGCAAAAGGAAAAAUGGCUUGGAACCGAUUGCUUGUAGAAAACACGGGAGGGGAAAGCUAUAGUAUGUGGAGAAGGAACGCGAUGAUUCAUAGUUGCCGCCAUGUUUUCUGUGUAACGUUUUGCCAGUAAUGCCAGUGCUCAGGAAAUCCCCAUACAUUUAGUAACUAGUCAGUGCUCAAUGUAACAGCCUAAACAAAACUAUUCUGAAAUCCGCACCUCAGCUACCGCACAUCUAUAACAUAUUCAUCCGACAUUCCUCCAUAUUCGUUGUUAAUUUAUCUCUUUUUUUUCUACGAAUGCUGUUUAUGUAUUGUAAUUGUUUGUAUACUCCAUGUAGCCUAUAAGUGUACUUGUUUUAUGAAAGAAAGAGAAAGUAGAUUUUAUGUUUGUCGUAUAGUUUUAUUUACUUAUUUUUUAUUUUGAGGUAUGUUAUUGCAAGAAUCUUUUUGAAUUUUUCUUGUUAUUUAUUAACGGUAACAAAAAGUAGUUCCAAAUUGCUACCGACAAGUUUUCAUUUCCUACCGCAAUUAUUAUGUGUAUUCUUACAUAAACAUUUAAAAUUCUUUCUUGUUGUCUGGAAAGGUAAUCGGUUCACUAAAAUGUCCAAAAUAUAUAACAAUGCUGUUUAAAACAGAUUCUUUAAUUUUGUUAUGUAAGAAAAAUAUGUUUGAGAGACUUGUUAAACGAGAUUUUUAACCGGAAUAUACCUCGCUUAUUUGCAUAUUAGUGUUCAUUUGCAACGGAAAGGUUGCAUCAUACUUUCAGGCAAAUGAAUUUAUUCUAAUUAGCAAUAAAAAGUUAAUUUCAAACAAUGCAA